AUGGUUGAUUCAGCCCCCGUCACCCCUUCCUUUCUUGCGGGGGCCUUGCACCCUCCACCCCCAACUUCGGAGGCUUGGGCUGGAAGGCGCGGGGGCGCGGGGCUGCACCUGUCCCGGAGGGCGCGCGGGGGGUUCGAGCUGGCGCUCUCGCCCGGGCGCUGGCACGGGUGCGCCCGCGUCGUGGGCGCCCGGCGAGGAUGGACCCGGCGUGGAUGCCCGGGAGCGAGCCGAGGACUCCUGGCGGACGUGCUAUUGUCGGCGGAGGUGAGCGGCGGCGACCGGCUGGACUGCGUGAAAGCCAGCGACCAGUGUCUAAAGGAACAGAGCUGCAGCACCAAGUACCGCACGCUGAGGCAGUGCGUGGCGGGCAAGGAGACCAACUUCAGCCUGGCGGCCGGCCUGGAGGCCAAGGACGAGUGCCGCAGCGCCAUGGAGGCCCUCAAGCAGAAGUCCCUCUACAACUGCCGCUGCAAGCGGGGCAUGAAGAAGGAGAAGAACUGCCUACGCAUCUACUGGAGCAUGUACCAGAGCCUGCAGGGCAAUGACCUGCUGGAAGAUUCCCCCUAUGAGCCCGUUAACAGCAGAUUGUCGGACAUAUUCCGGGUGGUUCCAUUCAUACCAGAUGUGUUUCAGCAAGUGGAGCACAUUUCCAAGGGGAACAACUGCCUGGACGCGGCCAAGGCCUGCAACCUGGAUGACACGUGCAAGAAGUACAGGUCGGCCUACAUCACACCGUGCACCAGCAGCAUGUCUAACGAAGUCUGCAACCGCCGCAAGUGCCACAAGGCCCUGCGGCAGUUCUUCGACAAGGUCCCAGCCAAGCACAGCUACGGGAUGCUCUUCUGCUCCUGCCGGGACAUCGCCUGCACCGAGCGCCGGCGGCAGACCAUCGUCCCCGUGUGCUCCUACGAGGAGAGGGAGAAGCCCAACUGCCUGAGCUUGCAGGACUCCUGCAAGACGAAUUACAUCUGCAGGUCUCGCCUUGCGGAUUUUUUUACCAACUGCCAGCCAGAGCCCAGAUCUGUCAGCGGCUGCCUGAAGGAGAACUAUGCAGACUGCCUCCUUGCCUACUCUGGGCUCAUUGAAAAUGCAAUUCAAGCCUUUGGCAACGGCUCCGACGUGACUGUGUGGCAGCCAGCCCUCCCGGUACAGACCACCACUGCCACCACCAGCACCGCCUUCCGGGGCAAGAACAAGCCCCUGGGACCAGCAGGCUCUGAGAAUGAAAUUCCUACUCACAUGUUACCGCCUUGUGCAAACUUACAGGCACAGAAGCUGAAAUCCAAUGUAUCAGGCAGCACACACCUCUGCCUUUCUGAUCGUGAUUACGAAAAGGACGGUCUCUCUGGAGCUUCCAGCCACAUAACCACGAAAUCGACGGCUGCCCCUCCAUGCUGCCCUCUGAGCCCGCUGCUGGUUCCCGUGGUCACAGGCCUGCUUGCCCUCUUGUCUGCAUCUUGGGCGGAGACAUCGUAGCUGCAUUGACAAGGCAACUCGGACAUGUGUUAAAAAAAAAAAAAAAGACAAAAAAAUCAAGUUCUCUGUUUCCUGUCCUCUUAUAUAGCGAAAUUCCAGUUCUGGGAGCUCAGUGGCCACACUGCUGAUAUGAUUUCCUCCAACUGGAAUUUUUUUCCCCUUCCUUCCUUUUCUUUUUUUUAAAAGAAAGCUUCUUGUGAUACUUAGGGGGCUUCUGUGGAAUCCUUGAUGCAGGGGGACAUCCCAAACCCAGAAGGCUGUGGGGCAUGCUGUGUUCUGAAGGGACACUUUGUCAAGGGGUGGUAAAGCGAACUGGCCGAUGCUCAUACGGAUGAAGACUUGGAUGAUUUUAACGCUGGCCUUGCCUAGCUAGAGACUGAGCUGGUAGUUCUAGAGACUUCCACAGCUCACGCAACGGCUUUGAUUUCUAACGGCAGAAACCGCAGCCCACCAUGGACACAAAGCUUUGGGCAUUUGUUUUUUGUUUUGUUUUGCAUUUUUUGUCCCAAAGCAGAGCAUCGCCUCAAGAGGAGACACUGUGGAGACAAGAAUGGAGGGGGGGAUCACCAUUGUGUUCGUGCGCAGAUUCUCCUCACUGAAGUUCAAGUUCCGUAAGUAGUACGACCACACCGGGCAGGGCCGGACGCAGCGUCUGGCUUGCAGUCAGCAAGGGCCCCGGAGUAGGCUCGCCUACUGAGCGUUGCUCUCCUGCGUUACCCGGUGAGAAGCCCUCUCACCAUGUGUCAAGCACUCAGAGCUCACGUGUGCUGCUCCUUCAUGGGGUUCUCUUUCGAAGACCAUUUUCCUACUACAGGCUUCCAACUUUUGGCUUUCUGUGUUUUGAAUGUAAGAAUAACUGCCUUCCUUUUUGUUUUGUGUUUUUAAACUGAUGGUUUCAUACAAAGUCCCGGGGGUUUGUUUCCACUCAAUUAGCAGUGGUCGCUCCUCCGAGGUGAACGUCACAGGUCCAGCUCAUCAAAUGCAGAUUCCCGGGCCUUGUGCUCCAUCAGGAAGCUCUGCAUCACGUGACUGUGGGCAGGCAGGAGGACACAGAGCAGCCCCCGCUUGGUCUGGGACCAUUUCUUGAAAUGCAGGUGUGCCUACCUGUGCGGAAACCAGCGGCCACCUGUACACAUUCCGCAACAUGAAAUGGUCCCCUUCCUUGCCAGUAAACAGGACCCAGAAGCCUAAUUUCCACUUGAUCCAUCUGGGAAAGGCAGCUUUGACUGGGGUAGGAGACGGGGUCUGGUGAUCCACCCCCAGGGGUCGCAGUGGUCAUUGUCCCCGGCUGCCAUGGCGUGGUCCCUGUGGGGGAGCUGUUUAGCCUAAAGAGCAUCAAGCACUGGUUUGCAACUUGCAAGCCCUCCAUGACAGACCAUGAUCGCGCCAAAGAGAAAGACGGUUUGUGGAAUCAAGACGGGCAGAGGUGUGCUGGGUUGGCUCUGAUCCACAGAACAGAAGCAGGGUGCCCAUUGCUGUGUGAGCUGUGCUAGCUGCACACCAUCUUCCGCCCUUCUCUUCCUUAAAGGGAUAGACCCUGAAGUGCACUUUUGAAGUCUGGUGUUAGAUGGCACAACGCGGAAGCCUGCCAAGACCGAGUACUACACAGAGAAGAGAUACGACCGUAAUAGGCUGCUGGGGAGCACGCGCUUUCUUCCCACCUCGGAGGAGGGAUCGGAGGGGAAGCCCACGCUGCACAUUUCAUGCUAAUCCUUUUAGCCAGCUGAUGUUCUCCCUGUAAGAGUUAAAUCAAAU